AUGGCUGAAGUCAUCGGUGUUGUUUCUGGCGCAUUAACUUUCGCAACCGUCGUCGCGCAGGUCACGAAGUCAACCAUACAAAUCAAAGACUGCUGGGGCCAAAUACGCGACGCACCGGAGGACCUAGAGCGACUGGUCCGUGAGAUCGAUAUCUUUGGUCUAAUUCUGAUGGAUAUUGAGGAGGAUUUGUCAAAGGACUCAGUCGCUGGCGUUCUGAAAAACAACAACCAUGCUCUCAAGAGCUUUGAACUCUGCAGAGAAGCUGCUGUUGAUUUAGAGACUGCUUCAGAAGGUCUGAUGGCUGAAAUGCGGUCGGCAAAGGGGUUCAAAAGGUCAUAUGCCUCGUUGAGGGUGGUUUGCGAGAAUGGCUUCGACUAUUGA